AUGGCCCUGGACCUGCUGCUGGGCCUGCUGGGCUCAAGGCACCCAACAGCCACAUCCCCAGGACGAGGGGCUGGCAGUGCCCACGCAGGACAGACACGGGUGGCUGAGGGAGCCCAUGGGAGCAGCGCCCCAGAGCCAGGACUGGCACACUGGAGGCUGUGGGGGGCACAUGGGGCUCUUCCAAAUGCUGUUCACUCUGGCACAGCUGGGCCUUCCCUGCAUUCCCUAUCCCUUCAUCCUUCAUUCUCCCAUUCCUCAUCCCUGUAUCCCUCAGCCUGGCAUGUCCCAUCCCUUCAUCCCCAUCACAACAGCCCCAUCCCGCAUCCCUGUCUCCCCAGUCCCUGUGUGAGCUCUGGCACCCCAAGGCCCUGUGCCAAUCCCACGCAGGUGGAUCGCAGCGAGGUGAUCAAGAGCAACCUGAACCCCGUGUUCGCCAAGAUCUUCACGGUCGAUUACUACUUCGAGGAGGUGCAGAAGCUGCGGUUCGAGGUGUACGACAGCCACGGGCAGGCCGGCGUGGGCACGCACGAUGACGACUUCCUGGGGGGCAUGGAGUGCACCGUGGGGCAGAUCGUGGCGCAGAAACGGGUGACGAAGCCGCUGUUCCUCAAGUACGGGAAGUUUGCGGGCAAGUCCACGAUCACGAUCAUCUCGGAGGAGAUCUCGGGGAACAACGGCUACGUGGAGCUCGCCUUCCGCGCCAAGAAACUGGAUGACAAGGACCUCUUCAGCAAGUCAGAUCCCUUCCUGGAGAUCUACCGCAUCGACGACGACCGCAGCGAGCAGCUGGUGUACCGCACCGAGGUGGUGAAGAACAACCUGAGCCCCAUCUGGGAGCCCUUCAAAGUCUCCCUCAACUCGCUCUGCAGCUGUGAGGAGAAGAGGAAGCUGAGGUGCGUGGUGUGGGACUACGACUCGCGGGGCAAGCACGACUUCAUUGGGGAGUUCUUCACCACCUUCGAGGAGAUGCAGAAGGCGAUGGGGGAGAACAAGGUGGGACAUGGGGACAUGGGGAUGGCCUGGGGGUCACCCUGUGCGCUGCCAGUAGACCCUGUCCUAGCAGCCACCUUCCAGCUCCUCCUCUGGGUUUGCUGUCGUUUUCUUCUCACUGCUCUCCUGUUUGGGGAAGGGAUGGUGGGUUUGGGGUCUUCUGGGGAAUCAGUCAUGGAUGGAUGGGGUGGCUGGAGCCUGGGGUUGGCUGGGAGGAUCAGUAGGGGUGGGUAG